ACAAGGAGGGAAGAAAAAUCAAAUAUUUAAUGGACACACAGAGUUUUGACAUGGAAGGUUCAUCUUCCUCUCUGAAAUAUGGACAACGCCUGAUGCAAAAGUUUGGAAAACCAAUGAACGGGGCACAACCACCAGAUUACGGGGUUUUCUGUUGUAAUGAAGAAUUCAGCGACGUUAGAAUCACAGUUGGGGACACGAUCUAUUUCGGUCAUCGCAUUGUUCUGGCAAGUGCUAGUGAAGUCUUUCAAACCAUGCUUUCAUCUGUCUGGUGUUCUACUUCUGACCUUCAUUUAGAGGAAACGGGUGACUGUGAGGAAGUUUUCCCAGAAUUCCUGGAGUUUCUCUACACAUGGAAGGUAAAGCUGAACGAGGAAAAUGUCAUUCCACUCGGGCUAUUGGCUGAUAAGUAUCUGGUGAAAGAUCUAGCCUCUCUCUGCAUUGAUUUCAUGAUUGAGGAAGUUUGUAGUGAAAAUGCCAUACCAUGGUUUAGAUUUUCUUUGAAAUACGAUGUCAAUGCCUUGUAUGAUAAGUGCAUUACUUACAUAAGCCACAAUUUCGAGCAUUUCAACAACAGUGGAAAACUGGUGGAAUUGGAAACCAGUGAGCUGAGUUUAGUGUUGGAUUCUGGCGCCAUAGUUUGCAAGUCGGAAAUGGACAUCAUCCAGGCGAUUAUAAGGUGGAUGAAGGCCUAUGAUCGACCAGUGCAGGAAACUCUGCGAGAUGAUAUCGUCAAAUUGUUUGGCAGUGUCCGCGCUCCAAUGCUUUCUCCCGACGAUAUCGAUAAGAUCGAAAAGAUGAAAGAGCUACAGGAUUUUGUCAUGCUACUGCUUCCUAAGUUCUACAUGAGCUACAAGUACCACUCUUUUGGCCUGGGAGUCCCGAUUCCACCUGAAGACAAGAAGUUCAAGAAUUACGUCCCACGAAUUUACACCGAACGUUGUGGUACCACUUUCAACACCACUACCUUCUGGGAGCAUUAUUUCCAAACACCUUCCCACAUGUCGGCAAAAUAUGGAGCCAUUCUGAAAUGGAAAUACCAAAACAGAAAACCGAACGAGCUAGAUCUGCUUCCCUCCCCUGUCAGUGCCCUAGGGAAUCUGGUUCCCUUCAAGCUGAGGGUGAUCCGCUUGACCAAAAGAGAACGAAAUGGCUUUGCAGAGGUGAAAAUUAUGAAUGAUACAGUAAAUCUGGUGUCAACUUAUAGUCCGUGUAUCGACAUGGGAGUUUCGCUUGGCUACGAAAAUGACAUAAAAAAGCAUGGAUUAACAGUGGUCAUUCUGCCAGACAGCUUCCCAAUAUGA